AUUAUUGUUCAGGGGAAUUCAAGUCACGCAGGUUGAAAACUCCUAUGCCAUAAGUCAGAUGAGAGGAAGCCAACUCUGCUUCCAGCUGCCUUAAUAAAAACCUGCUGUUCCAUGAAACGCUGAGGCGUUUGCUCUCUGUACCUAUGACUAACAUCAGCCUGGUUUUGUCUCCUGUGUUGCCUCUGACUAGCUUCGGCAAUGUGUUAAUGUUUCUUUUCAACAUCACUUUGGCAGCUGCGAUCAUCUACCUGAACGUCUCUGUGUUUUUCUCCAUUCUUCUGAGCAGGUCCCUGCGCAGCGAGAACCGCUUCAUGUACAUGCUGAGCACCUGCCUCAGCGACAUCUGCACCGGCGUCUCUUAUUGCUACGUCGGUGCGCUCGAUGUGAAAGAUCAUUACAGGUCCCCAACCCGAACGUUUUACAUCGCGCCUACAUUCCUGGGCCUGUCGUUCAUGGCAAUCCUAGCUGCACAGGCGGACCGGUACCAUGCCAUCAGUUCUCCCUUUAAAUACUCCCAGCGCAUGACCAGAAACAGAACCCUAGUUGUUAUCGUAGCCUACUGGUUCUAUGCGUUCUUCAUCGUGGGUGUGCAGAACCUGGUCCCGGUAGGGAUAGCCACCACGGUCACCGGCAUUGGUACAUUUAUCGGAAAUGUAUUCGUUGUGGUUAUAAUGAUAGGACUGAACAUCAGGCUGUUCAUCAUCGCCACCUUCCAGCUGGGCAGAGAGCCGCCCUCUGAGGAGAGGGACAGCAAGCGCUCCUCGGUCUACCUUAUACUGCUGGUGGCUAUGUUUUUCCUGGUGGCCUGGAUCCCCUUGUUUUGUCAUAUUAUCGUCUGCAAUUUCCUUGGUACGACCUGCUAUUCAUUUAGGAAUGAAGGCACUGAUCCCCUUCGGAUUUUGCCCAGAGUCAACGCUGCGCUCACUCCUGUUCUCUACCUCAGAGGGUGCAAAGCGCUCAGAGUGGCGCUCUUUUCCACAGUGUGGAGAACCUGUUGUAGAAACAGGUUGCUUCACCGACAGCUUGGUCCAUCUAAGUAUCCUGUUCCAGCCUAAUUUAGCAGAUGGAUUUUUAGGUCAGCACUCUUUGUACGUCUUCCACGUCUGUUUCUUUAGUAGCUACUCUUUAAAAAUUCUAAAGGAUAUUUUAAGAAUGUGUUCCAAAAUGUUGUCUCAAUCUUCAUAAACAGAGCUUGGCAUCGAUGACUAAUAAACAGUUAUCAUAUUACAUUUUAGAUUAACUAGGACUUAUAUAAAAUUGCUGAUGGAAAAAGAAAACAAGAAAAAGUGCAGGAUUUCCAUACUAUGCAAUUUCCUUCUAUAGGAUCAUAUUUCUUCGUUUAACUUUUACAGGUUAAUCUUUUCCCUGUGUAUCUGUCCAGUCACAAUUCCGUUUUUAUAGUUAUACUUUUUUUCUCUGUGUUCUGUUCAACUACUCUGACUGACACUGUUUCUCUCUAUUAAUAAAAAGCCACUUCAUGUACUUUGUGACCCCUCCAAGAAUCACACCUUGGUUUAGCAAGUGGAUGGAGGUUUGGGGCAGCAUUCCUUUGACAUAUUUCUCUUUAUUUCAAUUGCUUUCUUGGAAAUAUUUUCAAAAUAUUUACUACAGACACUGAUCGACUGUAUUUUUCAGUUAAAUUCCCGGGUUUGUGUCAUAAAACCUGAAGAACCUAUAGAGCUAAACAAUAACCUGUAAUCAUAUUUGAAUUUAAAUAUUGAGUUGUGAAAUGCUGCUGUUUCAUGUUUCGCUUUCUUCUACUUUAUAUUGGUGGUAAAAAAGAGUGCUAUUAAAGAGAACCUCCAAUUUUCAAUAUGAGACAAAACAACCCACCAAAAAAACACUAAAGGGCUUCUUUAAUUUGAAUUUUGCUAAAUAGCAUUUUUUUUUUUUAUCACAGUACUAUUUAACAAAAAUAUUUGCGACAUAAAUGUUCCUUUACA